AAUAAUUAAACUUUCAUUACUUCCCCUUCUUUUUUUGCUAUAAUACACCAAAGGGUACCCACAACCUAUAUACUCCUUUGGACUCAUCUAAAGGUGAUGUGAGAGCUUUGUUUCAUGAAAAAAAGAUCCCAUUUUUUCAUUGACCUUUCUCUUUCAUCACUCUUUCUCAUUUCCAUAUUUCCAUAAUAUGAUAUAAAUAUUAUAUCUAUCUUCUCCACCUUCUUCUUCAACCUCUUCCUUUUUAUCAGAUCUCAGAUUCAUAUUUUCAUUUCCUAGAUCUCUUCAUUAAUUAUCUUUUUUAUUUUCUUUUCAUUUAUUAGUUUUUUUCAUGAAGAAAAAACAUGAAUAAAAACAUGUACUUUUGUUGUCAAAAGACACAAAAACAUCAUCAAAAUUUUCAUCUUUAAGAACAUACAACUUUUAGUACAUUGCUAUAUUUCCACCAUUUGACCAAAAAAAAAAUUUGAAUUUUUUGUUUUGUUUUAACACAACCCAAUUGAAGUUUAUCCAAAAGGGUGCUAUAAAGUUUGUUUCUUUUUUGUUUUUGUUCUUGUGUUGAACAUUGAACAUGAUGUGUAAGAGUAAGAAAAAGAAAGAUUCAAAACACGAAACAAACUUCAUGAAUUCAAGUUCAGCUUUUCCUGAUGAAGUAUUAGAAAGAGUACUUAGCAUGGUGAAAUCACGCAAAGAUAGAAGUUCAGUUUCAUUGGUUUGUAAAGAAUGGUACAACGCAGAAAGAUGGUCAAGGAAAAAUGUUUUCAUAGGUAACUGUUAUUCUGUUACACCUGAGAUCUUAACACGUAGAUUUCCAAACAUAAGAAGUGUUACACUUAAAGGAAAACCUCGUUUUUCUGAUUUUAACUUGGUUCCUGCUAAUUGGGGUGCUGAUAUUCAUCCAUGGUUAGUUGUUUUUGCUGAAAAGUAUCCUUUUCUUGAAGAGUUGAAGCUUAAGAGAAUGUUUGUUACUGAUGAAAGUUUGGAGUUUUUGGCUUUUUCAUUUCCUAAUUUUAAAGCACUUUCUCUUUUGAGUUGUGAUGGAUUUAGCACUGAUGGUUUGGCUGCUGUUGCUACUUAUUGCAAAAAUUUAACCGAGCUUGACAUACAAGAGAAUGGUAUCGAUGACAAAAAUGGUAAUUGGUUGAGUUGCUUCCCAGAAAGCUUUACGUCAUUGGAAGUAUUGAACUUUGCCAACCUAAACAAUGAUGUAAACUUUGAUGCGCUCGAGAAACUUGUUGGUAGGUGCAAAUCAUUGAAGACUUUGAAGGUUAACAAAAGCAUAACACUGGAACAGUUACAAAGACUUCUUGUCCGUGCCCCUCAGUUAUGCGAGCUUGGCACUGGCUCAUUUUCACAAGAGCUGACAUGUCAGCAGCAUUCAGAACUCAAACGCGCAUUUAACAAUUGUAAAAGUCUCCACACACUUUCUGGUUUAUGGGUGGCUUCAACACAAUAUCUAGAAGUUCUUUACCCAGCAUGCACAAAUCUGACUUUCUUGAAUUUUAGUUAUGCUCCUCUUGACAGCGAAGAUCUUUCUAAGCUUCUGGUUCACUGUCCUAAUCUUCGACGCCUUUGGGUUGUCGAUACAGUUGAAGACAAGGGACUGGAAGCUGUUGGAACAUACUGUCCAUUGCUUGAGGAACUACGUGUUUUUCCUGCGGAUCCAUUUGACGAGGGUGUUGCACAUGGGGUUACUGAAUCAGGUUUUAUUGCUGUCUCUGAAGGAUGCCGGAAGCUUCACUACGUCCUCUACUUUUGCCGUCAGAUGACCAAUGCUGCUGUUGCUACUGUUGUGCAAAACUGCCCCGACUUUACUCAUUUUCGACUCUGCAUCAUGACCCCUGGUCAGCCAGAUUACCUGACGGAUGAACCUAUGGACGAGGCCUUUGGUGCAGUUGUUAAGAACUGCACUAAACUCCAGAGGCUUGCUGUAUCAGGUUCUCUAACCGACCUCACAUUUGAGUAUAUAGGAAGGCACGCCAAAAACUUGGAAACACUUUCGGUGGCUUUUGCCGGAAGCAGCGAUUGGGGAAUGCAGUGUGUACUUUAUGGAUGUCCAAAGCUGAGAAAACUUGAAAUAAGGGACAGUCCAUUCGGAAAUGCGGCACUUUUUUCAGGUUUGGGGAAGUAUGAAUCAAUGAGAUCGCUUUGGAUGUCGGACUGCAAAGUGACGAUGAAUGGAUGUAGGUUUGUAGCACAAGAAAGGCCUAGGUUGAAUGUUGAAGUGAUUAAUGAAGAAGGAGGCGAUGAUAGUAGGGCUGAAAGAGUUUAUAUUUAUCGUUCUGUUGCCGGACCAAGAAGGGACGCACCUCCUUUUGUUCUCACUCUCUGAAAAUGCCAUCACUAGUCCUUCUUUGAUGCUCAAAAUAGUCCUUGCUAUUGAAUGUGACCGUAUAUGGCAAUGCGACGCGCACAUACUGAUAAUGAAACCUCAAUGAUAUGGAAGGUGAAAGGAAGAAAGAUUGAGACUUCAAUCAUGUAACCAAUGCUUGAAACUAAGCCAUUGAUUGUUGUUGUUGUGUUGGUACAUCAAUGCCAAAGCAAGGAUAAGGAAGGCCAGCUACAGAGACACAAAUAAAGUAAUCUUUUUGACAUCAAAUAAUUGCAAUGAACUUGCUUUCUUUAGACCAAUUGGACCCACCAAGAGAAAUAAUUAUGCAAGUGUCCAUUGUAAAUGAGCAAUAAUUGUGAACAAAAUAUAUCCAAAUGACUUGAAAAAUCUUGUAUUUGAUUAUUAUAGGCCAAAAGUUCUUUAAUUUCAAGGGAUCAUGCUAGAAGUAUUUUGAUUGAUGCUUGCUUUAGCAUAAUCUCUGGCCUUUUGUUGUUGUAUUCAAAUAUUUAUUUUGGAAAAUACACCUUUCCCUUUUAAAAAGAAUAUAAAAUGAAUUGAA